AUGACAUCGAAAGCUCCAAUUAAAUUGUCAGAAUAUCCUCUUCGCCCAAAUUUUGGUUCCUCAGGACGUCUUAUACAAAUUAGGGCCAAUUUCUUUGAAGUUAUAAGCUUUCCUGAUUUUAAUGUUUACCAGUAUGAUGUCAACAUUAGUCCUGAAGUUCCACCAGGUUUAAAUCGUAGAGUUUUUAAGCAUUUGGAAAGUCUAGGGACUCUUGGUGGUGUUAAGCCAGUUUAUGAUGGCCGUAAUAAUGCCUUUACAAUCAAAGACCUUCCAUUCGGAGAUGCAUUAACUAUAGGAAUUACUCUUCCUGAUGAUAAUCAAGUUCAAACUUCCAGACGACCUCCCAGAAAUUUUACAAUAAAGAUGAGAAAAGUUGCAGAAAAAAACCUCGAAGAAGCAAUUCGUUUUGUAAAUGGAAAAUCUGCGCUGUCAAAUAACGUUUUAACAGCUAUUACUGCAUUGGAUGUCUUGAUUAAUCAAGUACCAUCAAACCAGUUUAAGGCUAUUGGACGUAGAGCAUUUUAUUCCCCGGAAAACUCUCAACCUUUAGAUGGAGGUGCUGAAGUUUGGUCAGGAUACUGGCAAUCCUUACGACCUGGUCAAGGUCGAUUUUAUAUUAAUUUUGACACAAGUGCAACAGCAUUUUAUGAAGCUGGCAAUCUUGCUGAAAUUAUAGCAAAAAUAUUGGGAGCUCGUAGAGUAGAAGAUUUACGACGUGGUAUCAACGAGAGAGAUCGUAAUAAAUUAGAAAGAACAUUAAAAUCGUUAAAAUUUCAUGUUACACAUAGAGGUCAAAACUUUAAACGUAGAUAUAAAAUUAAAAAACUAUCUGAUCGACCAGCACAAUACAUAACUUUUGAAAGAGAAAAUCAAGACCAAAUUAAUGUUGUCGAAUACUUUCAUACAAAAUAUAACCUUAGAUUACAAUAUCCAUUUUUACCAUGUGUAACCACUCAAAAUGGCUCCUAUUUUCCUCCAGAAGUCUGUUAUGUUGAACCUGGACAAAGAAUCACAAGGAAGCUCACUAGUAAACAAACAGCUGAUAUGAUCAAGUUUACCUGUCAACAAAAAAUACAAAGAGGAUUUGAGUCAUUAAACUAUGAUCAAAAUGAUUAUUGCAAACAAUGGGGAUUAAGAACAUCUAAACAAAUGGCUAUGAUAGAGGCCCGUGUACUACCUUCCCCUAAAGUGGCAUAUCAUCCAUCUAGUCGUGAAGCAAGUUUUACUCCUCAACUCGGAAAAUGGCAACUUGGUCCUGGGAAAAAGAUGUUACAGGGAGCAACUUUGGAAUCAUGGUCUGUAGUGGUAUUUUCCAACCCCCAACAUGUCAAGAUAGAAGUUGUACAGAAUUUUAUUCGUGAAUUGACAAAAACAUUAUCAGAAAAUGGAAUGAAUAUUGCAAAGCGAGAUCCACCAAUAUUUCAUGAAAAUAGUCAAAGAAGUACCGAAGAAGCUAUCAGGAGAGCAUAUCAAGCUGCUGGGAAGGCAACAAAUAUAAAACCACAAUUAAUUAUUUGUGUUUUACAAACACGUUCAAAUUUGUACGACGAAAUAAAGAGGGUCGAAGGUACAAUAUUAGGUGUUCCAACACAGUGCGUGAUGUCGAGUAAAAUUUCCAGAAUAAACAAACAAUAUUGUGGAAUGUUGGGUUUAAAAAUUAAUGUUAAACUUCAAGGAAGUAAUAUGUCUUUACAAAAUGGCUUUCUUCCAUUUUUCCAAGAUGAACCAACUAUUGUAUUUGGUGCUGACGUUACCCAUCCUAAAUUUGGUGAGGAGACAACACCUAGUAUUGCAGCGGUAGUUGGAUCAUUUGAUCCAAAAGGAACGAAAUAUGCUACCUCGAUUAGAUUUCAAGCACCCCGUACCGAAAUCAUUUCAUCACUUCAAGAAAUGGUUCAAGAACUGUUAAAAGUUUUUUAUAAAGAAACUAAAAGGAAACCGCAACGAAUUUUAUUUUAUCGUGAUGGUGUUAGUGAAGGACAGUUUGAGGCUGUUAAAACUACUGAAGUAGAACAGAUUAGAAAGGCUUGUACCCAACUAGAAGCCACGUAUAAACCAGCCAUUACAUUUAUAGUUGUUCAAAAAAGGCAUCAUGCUAGAUUCUUUCCUACGGACUCCAAGAAUGUAGAUAGAUCAAGAAAUUGUCUUCCAGGAACCGUUGUGGAUAAAUCUAUAACACAUCCAUUUGAAUAUGAUUUCUAUUUAUUAUCGCAUCCCGGCUUACAAGGAACAUCCCGUCCUACUCAUUAUCAUGUUUUAGUUGAUGAUAAUAAAUUCAAACCGGAUGUUCUACAAACUCUUACAUAUAAUUUUUGUUAUCUUUAUGCGAGAUGUCCACAAGCAGUUUCUAUGGUUCCACCUGCAUAUUAUGCACAUUUGGCAGCGUUUCGUGCAAGAUUUUGGAAAAAAAAACCAACCCAGUUUGAAGAUGACAGUGCUGAUAGCGAACAAAGUACCAACGUAGAAGAUUAUGGUUUAAUGAAACCUGAAUUACAAAAAAUCAUGUUUUAUAUUUAA